UUAUUUGCCGAAACAGCAUUUGUACUAUACUAUACAUACACACACAUACAAACAAUACAUUACAAGCGCUCGCUCCAACUACACCAUUAAAAGCUGCUGCAUAUCCAGCCUUGUGCCAGCCAACGACGACAGCAGUGCUGAGCUAGUACUAGUAAAAAAUUGUCACUGCCAAUUGAAUUCGAUACAAACGCGAGCGCCACAAUGCUGAAUUUGUUUUCAACGGUGGUACUAAACCUUUUGCGCGCCUUCUGGCUGCGGCUGGCGAUCAUCUUCGGCAAAUCCCACAAAUACCAGCUGGAUGGCCCAGCACAGUGCUCAGUGCCACAGUCGCAAAUGAUCUCGAUCGCAGCAGCUAUGCCAACAGGAACGCAACCGCCGCCACAUCUCCCACCGUGCAUGGGGGCCUGGCCGCAAAAGCUGAAAGAUGAGAAAGCAGCAGUGCGGAAGUUGCCAAGGCCGAAAGGAUUACCUUUAAUAGGCACGUUCAGGGAUCUAAUGGCAGCCGGUGGUGCGCAACAGCUACACAAAUACAUUCAUCAACGUCAUGAAGAGCUUGGUCCAAUAUUUUUCGAACGCCUCGGCGGCGUACAGGAUGCCAUAUUUGUUUCAUCAGCAAGUCAAAUGCGAGCGGUGUUUCAAUACGAGGGCCAAUAUCCACGGCAUCCGUUGCCAGAGUCUUGGAUCGUUUACAACAAACAGCACAAUUGUCAACGGGGAUUAUUCUUCAUGGACGGCGCCGAAUGGCUACACAAUAGACGCAUACUAAAUCGUUUUCUAUUGGGAGGCACCAUGAAGUGGAUGGAUGUGCACAUCGAGGCGUGCACGAUGCGUUUGGUGAAUUUGUGGAAGGCGCAGGCUGCCCAAAACAGAUACACCGAACUCAUGGAGCUGGAACAGCAACUUUACAACUGGGCUAUUGAUGUUGUUUGUACUAUAAUGUUUGGCGUUUCCGCUGCCGAAGACGAGCGUAUGGCUGCGACGAUGGACGAGUUUUCGCGCAUCGUACACAGAAUCUUCGACACUAGCUCAGCGCUCAUGACUUUUCCACCGCUGUUGGCUAGGCGUUUGAAUAUGCGCAUUUGGCGUGAUUUUAAGGCGAGCGUAGAGGCAGUACUGCAGCAAGGUAAUAGUUUGAUCGACCAGUUUAUAGAGCUGCCAGCGCCGACAGCGAAGAAGUUUUGUAAGAAAGUUGGCGCCGACUGUCAUGAUUGUGGGGGUGAUGCACUCUUUCAGAAACUCAAAUUAGCCGGCAUGCCGUUGGAUACGAUCAAGCGUAUAUUUGUGGAUUUGGUGAUCGCUGCUGGUGAUACGACAGCCUACACUACAGAAUGGGCAUUUUAUCUACUCACCCAAAAUCCAGAAAUGCAAGAGCGCUUGGCCAAGGAAAUGGCUACCAAUGAUGGGCGUGGCAAUAUGCUGGUACAUGGUCUAAUUAAGGAGGCAAUGCGUUUGUAUCCGAUUGCACCAUUUAUUGGGCGCUACAUGGCUACCGAGGCGAACAUUGGCGGCUAUCAAAUCGAGAAAAAUAGCCUGGUACUACUCUCUCUGUACACUGCCGGCCGUGAACCUACGCAUUUCCAAGAUCCAGAGACGGCGAAGCCGGAACGCUGGCAACGCAAUGAGGAAACCGGAGAAUUGCAAGAGGUGUUGCAAGCGCAUGGCUCAUUGCCAUUUGCCAUUGGCAAUCGUUCGUGUAUCGGACGCAGAAUGGCCAUGAAACAAAUGCAUUGCCUGUUAGCGAUGGUUAUAAGUAACUUCCAAUUGCAAUGCAAUAAUACCAAACCGAUUGACUGCAAACUGCGACUGGUAACAGUGCCCGAUGAGCCGUUAAGGUUGGCAAUAAAAUCUCGUGACAUCGCAUAGCC